AUGGAGAUUGCUCAGCUACUACGGGCCGGUGCUUCUCUCAUUGGUUCUUCUCCAAGUGAAGCAACGUCUGAUAUCAGGGAGGUCUUGCAGCGCAGACUCACCCGUUACUACUCCACCAUCGGGAAGGACGAUUACAAUACGGAUGGUCCGCUCGAGGACCUCCAAUUGAAAACUGCUAGUGAAGCGCUAAAUGUCGCGGAACGUGUACACAUUGCCUGGAAGCGAGAUGCGCUCUCUGCCGUGUCUGAGGCCCAACAGCAGCCAAAUGUGCCAGGAGCCGCCAUCGGCACGCGAGACUUGGCUCAGAUUCACACCUUACUUUCCAUCGUGUUCAAGUGGUCUCUCGAGCCAAUGCUUGCUCACGUCGUGAACGCAAUUCCAGCCAAGUCGGUCUCGCACGCGCACGUCCACGGCGGAGCAAAGAUCAUCGACCUCACAGGAGUGCCCAGCGAUUAUGCUCAGCUGUCUGCGUUCACCUCUCGGUUGCUGCGUCUCGUCUUGCCGGAUAGCCAACGAUCUCAAGCACUGCAUACAGUCAUCUCAUCAACACUGCUGAACAGGCACCUCACGGAUCUGCUGAGACCAUGCAUGGUCCUGGGAUGGCUCCCGAGGAAUCUUGCCACUGAAUCGGUGCGUCCUGUGGAUGAGAUACGGCCGUUGGUCAUGCAGCUGCUGUCCAGUCUACCUGCCUCACAGACAAUCGCCGCUCUGGGUGCCAUACUGUCGGACGACUCUGUCACCCUCCCAUACGUUCGCAAGUGCUGCGGAUUUCUCCUCAGUCGACAGCUGCUGCGCCCUGAGGGAAUCUACGGGCUGCUCACGACUAUGUUUGGAGAGGAAGAUAUCUCUGGAGAAGACGCGCCGUUGGAGAAACUAGAGCAUGUCGGUCGACUACUCGCUACUUCGCCUGCGAGCAUGAAGCCGGAGGACUACUAUGCGAUGAUCGUCCCCAGACUCGUCGCUAUCCUCUCUGCCGACCCGACCAAGGUACCACCGGCACACCGGCGCGCAGUCGCAUUCUCACUAUCUCGUAUGCUAGCAUCGGACGACACCGAAAAUCAAGACGUCGUUACAGCAGUGCUACUCCCAAUCCUACACAGGCCUUUCCUCCAGAUACCUGAGACUGCUCCUCCGCUCGUCGAGCAGAGCGAUUCAUCAAAAACAAAUCAGAAGAUGCUGCCAUCUGCAGCACUCUUGAUCCUGCAGACACUAUUGACAAACGCUGACCCGUCGCCGACGUUCAUCACCACUCUGCUGACGCCCAUCGUGCCGCCUCUGUUCGCCAUCCUGUCGCAUCUGGAGGCGACGAGGACUUCUGACCCGGCGCUGAAGGAGUCUGUCAGAGGUUUCUUGGUCACUUGGGGUAGAGUUGUUGGUACACCUGAAGGCAUCGAAGCGCUCUGGCGCAUUGUCCUCGACGAAGGCGGAGAGUGGAAGACAGAUGUCGCUGGUAAUCUAUCGAGGAUAGAAGUAGCUGAGAAUGCGCCGGCGCUCUCACUGUUCACUCCUGAAAACCUCCGGAGGGCAGAGGACGCGGGAGAGCUAGACGUCGAUGCCAACGUGUUCGGUCUCAGUCCAGACCCUGCACGUUUCGUGCGAUUCCUGAAGGCCAUCGAGCGAUCAGACAUUUCGUCGGAGUUGUUUGUGAGGCUGCUGGAAGCGUAUCGGGAGAGCAAAGCUGAUAUGGAAGCUGACCCCCUGCAGACGUUACUAUUCUUGCAGCUCAUUUUACAGAUGCAGCACCAGCUUGUGGACGAGAAAUCGACAUCCAACGUGCUUAACAAACCUGACCACAUUUUGUCGUUCAUCAAACAUGCGCUUGAGUCCACCGAAAAGGCAGCACCCGAGCCCACACGCAAGCAGCAGGAGCCUCGCAAAGAAGGUUUACGUAUGGAAGAUCUGCGUAUCGUGGAAGAUCAAGAAGAGGAACUCGAAGAGGGAGACAGUGACGAUGAGGUAGCAGAGGAGACUGCUGGAGGGACGAGUGAUGACGAGAUGACCGUGACUGCUAUCAAUUUAUUGCUAUCGAUUAUGGAAGUGCAUCCCGAUCUCUCUGCCAGAACCGCGCCCAUUCUCAAUGACAUCUUCUCCCUGCUGGAGCCUCUUUCCAAGACCUCAGCCGAGACUAUCCGGCCGCUGGCGCGCGAGGCGCGCAUGGUCAUGACAGCGCGGCUUGCUUCUACCUCAGCGCCGCCACCAAAAAGCAUGUCCAAAACUCUGGAAGACGACGAGGAGAGCCCAGCCGAAACGUACCAGAAAGCGCUUAAGCUGCUCCAGGACCCGCUCCUCCCCGUUCGGGCCCAUGGACUACUCCUCCUCCGGCAGCUCGUUUCGUUACGCAAGCGCACGACGGCCGAUGGGAAGCUCAUACUAGAGGAGCCUGUGAUCGAUAGCGCUCUGGUACCGGCGAUCCUGUCCAUCUUUUUGCAGUCGGUGCAGGACGAUGACUCGUAUAUGUUCUUGAAUGCGGUGCAGGGCUUGUCGGCGAUGGUCGACGGGUUCGGAAAGGAGGUGUUGAGGGGCCUUGUGGGGACAUAUUCGGAGGGGAUGGAGGGGCUGGGUGGGACGGCGAUGACGCAGCAUGAUGUAGAUGUGAGGACGAGGGUGGGAGAGGCUUUGGGCCAAGUUAUCAGGCGGUGUGGGGAUGCGCUACCGGCUUAUGUGAACAUCCUCGUCCCGCCACUGUUUCGCGUGGUGAGGACUUCGCAUUUCCCGACAACUCUGCGUACCUCGGCGAUAUCGCUGCUCGCUCAAUGUGCUAAGACAAACUCGCUAGCGCUGCUUCCGUAUGCUGCGGAUCUAUCGGAAGCUAUGGUGGACCUCCUCCAAGUGGAGACCGUAUCAGCGGCCGAACGAUCCAAGAAAAACCAAGAAGAGAAACCCAAAGCGGACAUGCCAGUAUCGGAGGAGGCAAAAGAACAGGCACGCGCACCAGAUAAGGGUGACAAGAUAGAGGAGUUGGAAGCCCCGGUGCCUGCGACAAUGGAUGCACAGCCAACGUCAACAAACUCGAGAUUCCCACCACUGCGGCGUGCCGCGCUGCACUUUCUCUCGCUGCUUAUCCAGGCAUGCAUCUCACGCGUCUAUGAAUACGGCGACGGCGAUCAACUGGCGUUUCCACCGCACCUGGUUAAGCGGGCGAAGAACACGCUGGGAUACGUCGCAGCGACGGACGACGAUGCGGUCGUGCGGGUGAUGGCACGGGAGGCAUUGGAAGGGCUGGACCAGCUGGCGGAGGCAGCGUUGGGCUUCUAG